GAUGGUGGUGUUAAAUUACAGAGAAAGGAUUUGAUCAAACAAAAAAAGUCGUCAGAAUACGAUGAAGCCAGUGCUGAAGCAUACAACAAGAAUGGAAAAUGGACAACUUGCCACUUGUCAAACAAGCCAUUGGCCAUACCCAUAGUGAGUGAUUAUAAGGGUAAUUUAUACAACAAAGAUAGCAUAUUGGAGUACAUUUUAUAUCCGGACACUAUAAGUACGAACCAAAAGCAGUUGGUAGAGCAUAUAAAGAGUUUAAAGGAUAUUGUCGAAUUGAAAAUACAGACAGGUAAUGACAAUGCUGAAUUUACAUGUCCCAUAACAGGUAAUGUUAUUGGGAGUAAUGGGAUUACAUAUGUAUAUUUGGUGAGUUGUGGAGAUGUGUUCGCUGAAAAAUGCUUGAGAGAAGUCAAUGGUGAUGAUCGAAACUGUCCUGUUUGCAAUCAACAAUAUGAAGACCAAGAUGUCAUAGUUUUGAAUCCCAUUUCAAAGAAGAGUAUUGAACACCUUGAAGAUAGAAUACAGCUGUUGAUAUCUAGAAAUUUGACACAUUCAAUGAAAAAACAAAAGAAGCAAAAGAAAAGAAAAUCUGAGGAAGCAGUUACGCAUAAAUCCAAGAAGGUAAAGGUAUAG